GCACGCUGACACGUUAGCCGGAGAAGAAAGGCACGCUUGAAAUUGUGCGCUUCGCAUGGGAAUCGCACUGCAGAGAACGUGUUAUACCGACAUAUUUGUGUCACGAGAGACCCGCCGUUUCGGCGAAAUAUAUAUCCCACUUUAUAAAACUGGGUGACUUUUUAUCUCGUUAUCAGCAGACCUCUUUGUUAGUAUUAUUAUCUUACUGUUACACUACCCCUAGCUACUUUUCUUUCUACUAUCUGUCACAAUACCUCGUAAAGCGUUGUGAUUAUUCUUGUAAGACACGUAGACAAGAAUCGUAAUUUAUCUAUCUAUAUAUAUAUAUCUAGAUAUAGGCAGCGAUGUUUCGUCGUGCAACCAGCCAGGUCGUGGCGGCCCACCUGUGCCGCAGCGCGUUGCCUGCCAUGGCAGCGAGGCGGGAGCUGAGCGAAGGCCGUCGCACCGGCGUCGUCAUUGGCAACCCUAAUCAAGGCAUGAUUGAGCCUAUCCACGUGAACUGGACCGACAUCGCGGGUUCGGACAACACACCCGGCGCCCGGCUCGCUGCAGGGCGUGUGCUGGCGAUGCUAGACAUGUGUGCGGCGCGUGCCUCGCAGAAGGCAGCCGACCUCCAGUCAAAAGACACGGGCAAGAAGAUUCUCACCUGCACUGUGGGCGUCACCAACACCAUGUUCUCCUCGCCGAUUCUGCACGGCGAUGCGGUGCGGUUGGACGGGCGUGUCGUGCACUGCGGGUCCAGCUCCAUGGGCGUUUACAUCCGCUUCUUUCGCCUCUCGCCGUCCACGCGUACCGAGACGCCUGCCGGGGAGUCCUUCUUCACCAUGUGCACCAUCACUCCCGAUUUGAAGGCGGCGAAGGUGGUGCCGGCGAUGGAGCUGACGGACACGCUGGAUAUUGAGAUGCACGACCGCUACCUGCGCAUCCGCGAAAUCGAGCAGGAGAACGCAGCGGACACCAAGGAGCGGAUGAAGCACACGCUGACGCCCGCCGACGUGGACUGCCCUGUCAACAAGUCAAAGGCGAUCCGCGCCCCCUUUCGCGCGACGCGCGUGGAGGCCAACCGCAUCUUCUUCACCUCCUGCAUGAACAACAACAAUACGGUCUUCGGCGGCGAGCUGAUGUCGUGGAUGGAGCAGCACGCGGUGCACUGCGGCCGCAUGUUCACCGGCAACCGCAACGUCUACACGCUCGGCAUGCACAGCGUAGCGUUUGCGGAGCCGGUCUUUUCCACCGAUUGGGUGACGCUGAAGGCAACGAUGAUCUACGUACGAAACACGACCAUGGAGGUGGACGUGGUGCUGCGCGCCGAGCGGCAGGGCGGUGCUGUCGUGACGAACCGCGCGUCAUUUGUUUUGAUUAACAACGACGACAUUGGGCAGAAGUCUGGCAUCCCGCUCGGGUUGGAGUUGAACGGCGCCACGCAGGAGGAAUUGCAGCAAUUUGCGGAGGCCCGUGUGCGCUAUCAGCGGAGUGUGGACCAGCGGGACGCUUUUUACGCCAACGUGUCUCGGACGGGUACGACAAAGCUGUGA